CAAUUGGUGUAACUACGACCAACUACUGCUCACAAUGGUGUGACAUUUGGUGACAUUUGCUUGGUCCUAGGAGUGAUCCUAGGUUAUCAACUGUGAUUUUAUUUCCACGAUUCACCUCGUGCGACCCUUACAACAGUAAUUCUUAUAACAGAUUCGGUCUGCAUAAGUUCGCUGAAGAUCGUCAUGUCUUGGACUAAAAUAUUGUGCCACCCUUCAUUCAGUAUAACUAAAAACUCAUGAAUAACACAUACAUAGAAUUCCGAAACAUAGCUAAAUAUUAUAUAAUCGUUAGUCAACGAAAAUCCUGAAAAAUUGUAACAAUGAAUUGUCAGAGAUUAUAUAGUUAUCUGCUUAUUGAUGGAAAAUUAAAAUUCAGAACUUGUCUAAUCCGAUUCAAAUCUCAUUAUGAUUCAUUGGGGUUAACUCCUAAAGCAACACAAAACGAAAUAAAAACUGCAUACUAUGAAUUGAGUAAGGUUUAUCAUCCUGAUAAGAAUGACAGUGAAAGUGCUAAGCACAAGUACCAAGGGAUCACGGAAGCCUAUGAAAUUCUGGGUAAUUACAACUCUCGAAAGAUGUAUGAUCGUGGAAUGAGACCCGGUACGAAGCACACAAGUAGUCAAACAACAGUGAAACAGAAAAAAGAUGUUCAAUCUCGCUUUUAUCAGUCCAGAUUGCAUAGACAUAAACUAGUUAUGGAGGAUGGUCGCACUCCAAUCUAUGACUUUGAUGAGUGGACCAAGAACCAUUACAGCAACUUAUUCAGAAACACAAAAGAAAUGAAAGAUUGCUGGCAGACAGUACAAGAUCGAACAAAAUCUUACCAUCAUAAGGAUUCGUGGUCGAUAUUUGCUAUAUUAUUUACUGUCACUCUCACAUUCAGCUCAUUGUUGUUGUCUGAAAUGCAGAGCAGUCUUGAUCAGAAUAAUCUGGAUUUAAAAAAGAAGACACCUGAACCAACUUGAACAACAAAUGAGAACAAUGUAGAAGUUUCUUGGAUCUCUCUUGAAGUGCAGUAAUAUCAAUUAUCGAAUUUGGGGAUAUAUGGAAUCAACGCCAUUUAUCCAAGCAAUGCUUGUAGUAGGCUUGGAGCUCGAAAAAAAACCCUCAUAUCCAAGUAUUCACUGGGGGAUUCAGGACGAGGAACUCCCCAAGGAACUUGGAAUUGUUGGUGAAAUUCAUGACAUCAAGGAUAGUCUACCUGGUGCAAAAUCAGUAAUGCCGGAACAU